AUGACACUUGAGCACUCCUCCUCAGGCCGGACAUACAUCCUCCAUGCCAACGGCCAAAAGUCCCACUACGUCCUCAAUGACUUCACUGACCCCUGGAAGCCCCACGAAACAAUUCUUAUCCAACACGGAUUCGGCCGCCACUCAGCAUUCUGGUACCACUGGAUCCCAGCGCUAUCCCGCCACUACCGGGUUGUAAGACGAGAUCUGCGAGGACACGGGUACUCUAGUUAUCCCGGGCAAAAACAAACCGACUACGUAUAUAAUGUCGACACGAUCAUCGGGGAGAUAAUAGAUACGCUAGAUCAACUUGGAUUGCAAAAAGUGCAUUUUCUGGGAGAAUCAACGUCGGGAAUAUUGGGUGAGAUACUUGCUGCAAGGCAUCCAGAGCGGUUGCUCAGUUUGACUGUAUGCUCGUCGCCCACGCAUUUGCCGCCGCCUGCGCUGCAGAUGUUUGCUUUCGGCCACAAAGAUUGGCCUACUGCGUGUCGACAGCUAGGGGCGCGCGGGUGGACUGAAGCGCUGGCGCGGGUACCGGGCACGAUUCCCAUUUCAGAUAGUGAGUAUUUGCCAUGGUAUCUGGGGCAAGUGGAGGUUAGCGAUGGUGAAGGGUUGGCGCAGUAUGCGGAGUUUUUGUCUACGCUGGAUGCGAGGCCGUGGUUAGAGAGGAUUAAGGUAUCGACACUGAUAUUGAGUCCAACACACAGUGCGGCUAUCAAGGUUGAGGAUAUGAAGGCUCUCAGAGACACGAUUCCGGGAAGUCAGUUGGUACCGAUAUCCGAACCUGGGCAUGAGAUUUAUGUGACAGCAGCGGAAGAGUGUCAGCAAGCGUUUCUGGGCUUCUUGGAAGGGUUGAAGAAGAAGAAUCACAUUGCUAAGCUAAGUUAA